GAUAGUUGGCUGUAUCUGCCGUGGCGCUUUUUCGCAGUGACGGGAAGAUCAAUGCCACCUUUUUGCCAUUAAUGAAUGCCAUGAAGAACUGGUAAGAUCACAGCUGGAAUAUGGCAUCCGUGUUGAAAUGGGCAGAGGAGCGAGGCAGGAGAAGUUGGGGGAAGGGGAGGCUGGCUUGACAAGGCAAGACUAGAAGAGCUUGACUUUUUUUGGCCUGGAAAAGAGGAGGCUGAGGGGUGCAGGGUCACCAGCUGUAAAUACAGCAGGAACAUAAAUACUGGGGAGGUGGAAGAGCCAUUUAAACAAAAGGACUGCUGGUGUGAGAACAGGAUGGUGGGUGCCUUGCACACGGACACGCCUGUGCCUGUCAGGAGGCAGGGGCUGUUGCCAUUCCCUGGAGCCGCAGACAAGGAAUAUUGACUGUGUGGGCCAGGGAACACUCCCAGUCUUGGUACUAGUCAGCUGGAAGGCACAAUUCCCCUUUCUGAGCUUCUAGCCUUUGCUGUUGGGGCCGCUACUCACCUUGUUAGUAGCAGCUCUGGUGCUGUUGCCCAUUCCUUGCAGUCAUUGCAGUUGUCGCUCAGGGCAGGAAAAGUUUGUGGAAACAGGAGGGAUUACAUGGGAACAGCUGUUUUGGGCAUAAGGCAUCCCUUACCGUGGAUGGGAGCAGUAACAAGGACUUGCAGUACAAAGGCAUCACCCUGCUGUGGCACCCCAACCCUCUUUACCCUGAAGGCCUAAAGGGAGCAGGUGGUUGUAAGUGAGAUGCAAGCUGGUAGGUCUGGACCGGCUGAGAAAGAGAGCCAGUCUGAGGAGGGUGUGAGUAAGCUUGGUCCUGCUUUGAGGCUGGUGCCUGGGUUUCUCAGCUCUAUAUCGAAUCUUCUCUCCUGACAGGAACUGAAGGGCUUCAACUCACUCGAUGAUCUUCUCCAUGUCAAAGGCAUCACCACCCGCAUCUUGGAGCUGAACAGUCAGCGGAUGACUUGCAGGAGGAGGCCAAGCAGUGAGGAAGCUGCGAGGGUGAGCCCUGGUCUGCAGGGGGACAGUAAAGCUCCUGCGCCUCAGGUGGUAGCUGAGGAGGAGGAUGUUUCGGGCCCCUGGGAGCCGGAGCGCUCUGGGAAAGGGAGCCCAAGGUCAGGACCAGAGGCUGAUGGCUCCAGUGGGCAACGGGUGCAGGAGCCAGUCAGCUCUACAGUUUGCGGGGAGCAGGAGGAGGAGGAGGAGGAAGAAGAGGAAGAGGGCAGCUGCUACAGCGAGGAAGGAGAGGAUGGCAGCAAUGUCUACUUCUAUUACACCAUCGGAGAGCGCUGGAUAGACUACCUGCAGCGGACAGAGGAUGGUGGCCUCCUCCGUCACGUGCGGCCCAAGAUGAAGAGGAAGUCGGAGAACGGCCUGGAUGGCAGGGCCCUUUCCCCUGGUAAAAAGCUGUGCAAGGGCUCUGAGUACAGCAGGACACUGGGUCCCUGCAUGCCCAGUCCCACCACCACCUUUGGGGACCUGCGCAACGCCAAAGCAGGCCAGGCACGGCGCCGUCGCAUCCCCUCAGUUGCCCCUCCUCCCGAGCUGCAGGACUGGCUCCGCACCUUCCAGCGGUGGAGUGGCCCGGAGAAGCUGCUUGCUCUGGAUGAGCUCAUUGACCGCUGCGAGCCUUCUCAAAUCAAGUACAUGAUGCAGGUCAUUGAACCCCAGUUCCAGAGAGACUUCAUUUCCCUGCUGCCCAAGGAGCUGGCACUCUAUGUCCUCUCAUUCUUGGAGCCUCGGGACCUGCUCCGUGCUGCCCAGACCUGUCGCUACUGGAGGGUCUUGGCUGAAGAUAACCUGCUUUGGAGAGAGAAAUGCCGUGAAGAAGGCAUUGAGGAGCCCUUGAACUUGCGGAAGCGGCGCCUGCUGAGCCCUGGAUUCAUGUACAGCCCCUGGAAAUUCGCCUUCAUGCGGCAGCACAAAAUCGACAUGAACUGGCGCAGUGGGGAGCUUAAAGCCCCCAAGGUGCUGAAGGGACACGAUGACCAUGUCAUUACCUGCCUGCAGUUCUGUGGCAACCGGAUAGUCAGUGGCUCAGAUGACAAUACGCUCAAAGUGUGGUCAGCUGUCACGGGGGAGUGUGUGCAGACACUGGUUGGCCACACAGGGGGUGUGUGGUCUUCCCAGAUGAGGGACAGCAUUGUCAUCAGUGGCUCCACGGACCGGACACUCAAAGUGUGGAAUGCAGACACAGGCGAAUGCGUGCACACUCUGUAUGGGCACACGUCCACAGUGCGCUGCAUGCACUUACAUGGGAACAGGGUUGUGAGUGGCUCACGGGACGCCACUCUGCGCCUCUGGGACAUUGAGACUGGACAAUGUCUGCAUGUGCUGAUGGGGCACGUGGCUGCCGUGCGCUGUGUGCAGUACGACGGGCACAAGGUGGUGAGCGGUGCAUAUGACUACACAGUGAAAGUGUGGGACCCCGAGAGUGAGAGCUGCACUCACACACUGCAGGGACACACGAACCGCGUCUACUCCUUGCAGUUUGAUGGGACACACAUCGUGAGUGGCUCUCUGGACACGUCAAUUCGAGUGUGGGACGUAGAGAGCGGAAACUGCCUACACACCCUCAUGGGGCACCAGUCGCUCACGAGUGGCAUGGAGUUACGUGACAACAUCCUUGUAUCUGGCAAUGCUGACUCCACAGUCAAGAUCUGGGACAUCAAGACAGGCCAGUGCCUGCAAACACUGCAGGGGCCCAGCAAGCACCAGAGUGCUGUGACCUGCUUACAGUUCAGCUCCAAGUUUGUGGUGACCAGCUCAGAUGAUGGUACCGUCAAGCUCUGGGACCUGAAGACGGGCGAGUUUGUGCGCAACCUAGUUGCACUGGAGAGUGGGGGCAGUGGGGGCGUAGUGUGGCGCAUCCGCGCCUCCAACACCAAGCUCGUGUGUGCAGUGGGCAGCCGCAAUGGCACAGAGGAGACCAAGCUGCUGGUGCUGGACUUUGAUGUGGACCUGAAAUGAGCCUGGCCAGUCCAGGCUGGGAUGGAGGAUCCCGCGGGCUGGGUGUAGCAGCUGGUCUUGGUGGGGCUGGCCCCAGAGCAGGCGCUAGCCCCCCCGCGGGCUGUAAAUACUGUUUGCAGCUGUCUGGGCCUUAUUUAUAUAUGUGUGAACUCCCUGUGGGGAGCCUGCGCCCGGCUGGGGCACUGUACAGAUGAAGCAGCAUGUUUUGUACACACUAAUAUAUCGAUUUAUUUCUGUACCUGGGGCCUUCUUCUCCACCCCUGCUGUUCCCUGUGACCUUCCUUCCUGGAGCUUGUCCCUUCUGGGGGAGCAGUUGGUGGCUGCAGCCCAUCCCGUUUGAUUGCAGGCAGAAGUACAGAGGGUGGGGGCUUUCCUUAGAGUCACUGACCUCAGAGACCAGCUCUGUCUUCCUGCACGCACAUGCCCUGGUCUGGUGGAGUGCCCUCUGCCAAGAGUCCCAUAGUCUGUGGACUCCAGCUUCUUUAUUUUGGGCACAGUAGUGGGCUGGCAAUGUGCACGAGGCACUGAGCACACAGCGUUGGGGAGAUCUUGCCAGGCAGUACCACAGGUGGCACAGCCUGAUGGCUAGCCAGGCAUAUAGACU